ACACCGAUUGUGAUUUGACGAUGAAUCAUGAAUCUUUGUGGAUGUGGCAGAUUAUCAGUGAAUAUCUCACGAUUGCUAACCAGUUCUAGGCGUCUUAGGCCUAUUUUUGUAACUCAGUCUUUAAGUAUAAUAUGCCGACGAUCGUAUCGAAGAGGAGAGGGGUCAGUCAUUAGCAGUCUUUCAGAUGCCGAAGCUUAUCUGGCGUUACUCAGUCGACGAGAGACUAAAUUUCUAAGUGAAGCGAUCAAAAAACAGGAUAAAGAAAGUCUAGAUAAUAGGGAUGAAGUUAUAGAAAUACCAACAGUUGGGCAAUUACGCCUAGCUGCAUUUCACAGUGCAAUUCCAUUCAUUGGGUUUGGAUUUCUAGACAAUGCAAUUAUGAUUGCUGCAGGAGAAUACAUUGAUUUAACUAUUGGUGCUACACUCGGGAUAUCGACAAUGGCAGCUGCUGCACUUGGUAACAUUGUAUCAGAUGUGUCAGGAAUCGGACUUGCUCAUUAUGUUGAGCUUGCAGCUAAUAAACUAGGUUUUGAGGGUCCAGGACUCAGCUCAAAACAGAUGGAGCUACCCAGGACAAGAUUUGUAAAUAAUGUUGCUAGAGCUUUUGGUAUUGUUAUUGGAUGUAUAAUUGGGAUGUUCCCACUUCUGUUUAUAAAAGACCGAGAUGACAAAGAAUCAACAAGCAGAUGAUGCAUAGUAUAAUAUCCAGAGUUUAUUUAUACUUUUAAAAUUAUUAUUGAAUGUUUUAAAAAAACUUUCAUAUUUUUUACAAUCUCUUUGGAAAUCCAAAAGAUUUAUUGAUGCUGUAUUUAGCAUCUUAUGAAAUUGAUCAACCUCAAUUUUGGGUGUUUUUGCAUCUUUUCAAUCUAAUAAUUUAUGCUGUGACUGACUCUGCRAGAAGGGUCRAAAGKUGCUGUUAUAGGGUUUUAAUCUUUUCAAAUAUAUUUUAUUUUUAAAACAAUUGUUUGUCUCAUAAUUGGAACACAAUGUAAAGUCUGUGGAAGCAUGAUUUAGAUGAUUAAACAUCCUAAACUUUUUUUACGACAGGUGUAUAGGCUGUGACAUCCGUUUCUCAGAGAAUGUCUGUGAUUUGCCAUUUCUAAUCGUGUUCUGAGGUCACAUAAGGUUCUCAAAAAGCUGAGGACUUGUAAGUUUUGAUUGGGCGUUGACUUUUAAGGCUUUUGAUUGGCCAAAAUCAAUAGAUGGCGCAAAAAGUUGGUCGCACUCAUGAAAUAUAAGCCUUUCAUGUAAACCACUGGAACAUGUAGAGCGCCCCAAAUUGAAUGUGUUAUAUUUGCUCUCAAAUUCUCUGUAGAUCUAAAAGUUUCGACUUUAAUCUUAUAUUCGGUCAUAGAGCCCGGAAAWACGCCACUUAACUUCUGAGUCAAGUAACUCUGAAGUUACAGCCUCAAAAGUCGUAGUUUUACAAGCAAAUGAAGACGAAACGAGUAUGGAUGUACACACUCAGGCUAACAGGUGUAUGAAGUCUGUAUAAACUUCAAGAGGUGUYAUAAAAUACACCRUUAAUUUYAGAAAUAAACUAGUAAUUAUAAUAKUAUCAUGUAUAAAUUAAUUGAACUGCGAUUGGCUGAUUUCURUAUUUUAUACUGAUUUUUAGAUCCAUGACACGUGACAGACACGUUUGAAACUUUUAAUUACUGUGCUAUGAAUUAAAGAAUGAGAUACAAAAAGGA